AUGUCAAACCAAGUCCGCACUCUCUCGCCUUCCACGGGCAAAGUUCUUUUCGAACACCCCGGCGUCACGGUCGAACAAGUGAGACAGAUCGCCCAAGCCUCCGAAGAUGCCUUCCGCACUUACAGGGAACUGUCCCUCGAUCAGCGCAAAGCUAUCGUCGUUAAGGCGCUGGAAAUCAUCGAUGCCAACAAAGAGACUCUUGCGCAUGAGUUGACUACACAGAUGGGUCGUCCGAUUUCAUAUACCGCCGGUGAGGUAGAUACCAUGCGCAAGCGAGCCAACUACCUUAUCGAUCAGGCGGAGGAUGCCCUCAAAACGAUCCCGGGACAAGAGGAGAACGGUUUCAAGAGGUUCGUCAAGAAGGCGCCAGUUGGUCCUGUUCUUCUUGCAACCGCAUGGAAUUAUCCUUACUUGAUCACCAUCAACGCACUCGUCCCCGCGCUCCUUGCCGGAAACACCGUGAUCCUUCGUCCUUCACCUCAGACUCCUCUUGUUGGCGAUCGGCUCUCUGAAUACUUUGAGAAAGCUGGUCUUCCUAAGAAUGUGCUGCAGGUGGUGCAUCUGGGUUCGUGGGACGUUCUAGAUGAGGUCGUCAAGAUUCCCCAGAUCAAGCUUGUUUCUUUCGUCGGUUCUACUCAGGGUGGUCUCCGUCUCCGCCAGGCGACCGCCGGCCGAAUCUUGCCACUGAACUUGGAGCUUGGAGGCAAUGACCCGGCUUACGUCCGUGCCGAUGCGGAUCUCGCGUACACUGCCGCGCAGGUUGUGGACGGCGCAGUCUUUAACUCUGGCCAGAGCUGCUGCUCAAUCGAGCGGAUUUAUGUGCAUGCAGAUGUGCACGACGCUUUCGUAGCCGAGGUUCGAAAGGAGCUAGCAACAUACAAACUCGGCGACCCUCUCGACAAGGCUACUACCACUGGCCCCGUGAUCUCCCAUCAAGCUGUCAAGAACAUUCAAGCCCACAUUGACGACGCAUUGUCACGCGGUGCUGUGGACUCGACCCCCGAGAACCCUACUUUCGCGAAAAUUCCCAGUGAAGGAAGCUUCAUCGCCCCACGCGUCCUCACUAAUGUAUCGCACGACAUGCGCGUCAUGCGCGAAGAGACUUUUGGCCCUGUUGUUCCUAUUAUGAAGGUGCAGAGCGACGAUGAGGCAGUGGCGCUUAUGAAUGACAGUGACUAUGGUCUGACUGCUAGCGUCUGGACCAAGGAUAUCAAGGCAGGAGAGGACUUGAUUGAGCGUAUCGAGGCGGGAACCGUCUUCAUCAAUCGUUGUGAUUAUCCUUCUCCGGACCUCGCAUGGAUUGGCUGGAAGAGCUCUGGCUUGGGCUGCUCGCUCGGUCCGCAAGCGUUUGACGCAUUCUACAAGCUGAAGAGCUUCCACAUCCGUACAACCCACGGUUAAAUAUAGUUCUGU